AUGGAUGAAUUGCCGGUGGGGAAUUUUUUACCCGAUGUCAUCAUUUGUCAAAUCUUCAAAUAUCUUCGACUAAUCGAUAUUCAAAAUGCUUCUCUAACGUGUAAAGCAUGGGGAAGAAAUGGGACAGCGACAAUUCGGCGUCUUCAGGAUAGUUUCAUGUACAAAAAACGCUUUCUCUGGCAAAGAAUCGUUCAUCCAUCAAAUAUACGUCAUCCGAUCGAGGAUCGAAUCGAUUCAGCGAUGUGUUUCUCUCCAUCAAUGAACAGUGUCUACUUAUUUGGUGGUACAAAUCUUCGAAGAGUUGCUGCUUUCAAUGAUAUGUUUCGAUUUGACAUGGAUCGUUUAUGUUGGUCAAGAGUGAUUACGAAACAUUCUAUACCACAGCCGAAAGGACAAGCGACAAUGACAAGAUGGGGAUCGAAUUGUAUGGUUGUUUAUGGAGGAAACGGACCCAAGCCACCUUCUUUUGCCACAUCGCCUUUCCACUCAGAAGUGUAUUUGUAUUAUAUUGAUGAAGCCUCUUGGACGCUCAUGAGUACAACGAAUGAAGGACCCCGCUUGAGUGGUCAUGCUGCAAUCGUCAUGCAUGAUCAUCUCAUCGUUUUUGGAGGUCGCUUAGCGGAACAAGUUGCAAAUCAUACCUUGUAUGCAUUCGAUUUGAAAAAAGCCAUUUGGAAGAUGCCGAAAAUACAAGGAGUUGCUCCAAAUGGCCGAUAUGGAGCUACAUUUGUGCCAAUCACUUCUGGAAAGUUACUACUCGCUAAUGGAGUUCCUUUUCUGAAGGAUCGACAACCGGAACCGAAUGAAAUGGCUAAUUCGAAUUGGAUUCUUUCGUUCAACCCCGAAGAUUUUGAUGGCCCUUGGACAUGGACAAAGAAACUUGUGCAUGGACUAAAAUGUGACGAUACAGAAGAAAUGAGAAACAGUUGUUCGGCAGUGGCGUGGUGGGAAUACAAUGGCCGAAUUCGACUCGCCUCAUUAGGCACCUCACCAAAACCGCAAACUUCACGCGACACUUUAUUUGCGAAAGAAUACAAAAAUAUUGAAGACGAGAUGAGACGGCUUUUCAACGAGAUGAAAGCGAAUCUCGAGAGGUGUUUUCGAGAAAGAAUCGAGAAGCUGAAACGCAUUCGUGAGGGUUUAGCUAAAAGUGAUGAUGAGCUUCUUGAUCCAAACUUGAGUUUUCUGAGUAGUGGGGGAUAUCGGCUCAAUGUUUCGAAUCUAUGGAAUAGAGCACAAGAAGCGAAAAUGAUGGAAGUGAAUCGAGAAGAGGGACUUGGACUUUGCAAGCUGGAUGCUCGAAUGCGAUCGAUUGAGACGCGAUCGGCUCAGACUACGAUCUCAGUGGUUCGCGAGUCAAAAGAAGCUUGUCUCCUCGACGACACCGAUCUCGCCGAUAUAGUCCGAGCGAUUCGACAGUCCAUCAACUCCUUGCAAUUGGACUAUUAUUCAAAGCCUUUUGAGCCGCCAGAAGGCUCAUUACGGUUUCUCCUCAGAAGAGCCUGUCUACCGAGAUUUUCACUUUUCCUUGCUGAUGUCACCAAUAUUCUCAAAGAGGAUACUUUAGUAUGGGAAGCGCAACCGAUCGAAAUGCGUGCGAGUCCUCUCUCUAAUCGUUUCAGUUUUUUGGCGGCUAAAGGUGAGCUUCUCUUGCAUGGCGGAAUCACUGGGAACGAGUCUUGUGUUGGCGGUGCCUAUCUUCUUUCGCUUGAUAGAGAAGGA